UCGGCAGUGAGGAGCUGGGACAGACCCGGCUUGGGCUGCGUUCCCUUUGCGCCGGAGGACAUGGAGAAAGGCAUGCACUUUGAAAGAGCCUACCAUUGUGGCCAGCCGGGCACUGGGUCUUGCUAGCUAACUGUCUGCUGCCAUGACCGUACUUUCUCACUCGGGAUUCUCUAGAGCCAAGAACUGUUAGAGCCUUCAGUCAAGGCCAGACUGCCAAUACAGUCCCAGCUGUCGAAGGAACAGGUUUGGAAGACGUGCCUGCACGCCCUACACUUCUGGAGCAAAGAUCUCAGAGGGUCCCAAAGUCCUGCUGGGGUUGAUUCCUUAGAGCAAGGUCACAAACAUUAAUUGAGUGCCUUCCUGGGCCAAACCCUCUACUGGGCAUUCUGGGGUGUGCAAAAGUAGAAGACCCUGCCUGCCCUUCUGGAGCCAGUGCUUUGGGGAGAAAAAUACCUUUCUGCAAUAUUCAGGUCCCAGAGAAGUUACCUCUUUGAUAGGCAGGUGUUCCAAGUGGCACUUGGCCCCUCUCACCUCCCCCCAGGCUUCCUGACCAGUGCAUGGACACCACAGAAUUCCAUUGCAGCAACUUCCAGAAGCCCAGCCUGAAAUUGGAAUGGGAAACUCCAGCACCAACCAGACAUGUUUCACAGAUGACUCUUUCAAGUACAAUCUGAAUGGCGCAGUUUACAGCGUCGUGUUCAUCCUUGGCCUGAUAACAAACUGUGCAUCCCUCUUCGUCUUCUGCUGUCGGAUGAAAAUGAGAAGCGAGACUGCCAUUUUCAUCACCAACCUGGCCCUCUCGGAUUUGCUCUUUGUUUUCACCUUGCCUUUUAAGAUAUUUUACAACUUUAACAGACACUGGCCUUUCGGUGACACCCUCUGCAAGAUUUCUGGGACUGCGUUUCUCACCAAUAUCUACGGAAGCAUGCUUUUCCUCACCUGCAUCAGUGUCGAUCGAUUCCUUGCUAUCGUCUAUCCCUUCCGUUCUCGUACCAUCCGGACAAGAAGAAACUCGGCCAUCGUGUGUGCAGGAGUGUGGAUACUGGUCCUCAGUGGUGGGAUCUCCGCCUCUUUGUUCUCCACAACCAACGUCUCCAAUUCCACAACAACCUGCUUUGAGGGAUUUUCUAAGCGCAUCUGGAAGACCUAUUUGUCCAAGAUUACAAUAUUUAUAGAAGUGGUAGGCUUCAUCAUUCCUUUGCUCCUGAACCUCACAUGCUCUUCCUUGGUACUUCGAACCCUGCGAAAACCUGCAACACUGUCCCAGAUCGGAACCAACAAAGAGAAAGUGCUGAAGAUGAUCAUUGUGCAUGUGGCCAUUUUCAUUGUCUGUUUUGUGCCAUACAACUCUAUUCUCUUCCUCUAUGCUCUGGUCCGCUCCCAAGCCAUAACCAACUGCUCCUUGGAGAGGUUUGCCAAAACAAUGUACCCCAUUACUCUGUGCAUUGCAACACUCAAUUGCUGCUUUGACCCGUUCAUCUAUUACUUCACAUUGGAGUCCUUUCAGAAGUCUUUUUAUAUCAACACCCAGAUCAAAAUGGAGUCGCUUUUCAAGACUGAAACACCACUGACGGCGAAGACUUCUCUUCCGGCGAUCCAGGAGGAACUCAGUGACCAGGCGAUGACUAACGGGGGAGAACUCAUGUUGGAAUCCAACCUCUAACCAUGCUAUAGAUCUCGCAUUCAUUCCAUAUCGUAGGACAGCUUCCCAAUGAUGAGACCCUGAGCAACAGCUUUGAGUCUAAUACCACAGAAACUAGAGACACAAUGCCUGCCUCCAGGAGGACCCGGAUUCUUGUAGUAACACAUGCCACUUUUUUUUCCAAUACCAACAGGUCUAAUGCAGUUCUAACAUCCUGAGGGAGUACUAGAUUUUUUCGCUAUCCUAGAGUUUUGCUACGGGAAAUGAAUGGGUAGAGGAUAUCUUUGUUAUCUAGUGAUUUUCAUUCGAAUGGUAAGUGGAGCGACAUGAUUGGACUUGGAGCCAUAGAAUCAAGUCAGGAACUGGAAAACCAAGCCUAUCAGCUUACUACUCAUAGCUACAUGCUAGUGUUCUUUCCCCCUUCUCUACAAAGAAAGUCAAUGGUUCCUACAUUCAUUUUGAAUGGCUGUUUUUUGGAUAUCAAACCAGCGUUUUCAUCAUUCUUCAAACUGACUCCAAGAGUGUAUUUUAAAGUUUUAUUUUCAUUGAAACAUUUGAAUGGGAACACGAUCAGAUUCAAUUCAACAACAAUUAAAUACCUACUACGUGCAAGGCACAGACCAGCUAAAUUUGGCUUGUGUGUCUGUGUGUAUGUGCAUGUAUUUGAAAGCAAAUAGGUUGUGUUUGUGUAAGAACAGGACAGAAGAGUUACUGAGGUAACUGACUCUUCCAAUCAUAUAAACCGCCACACACGAUGGUGGCGUGUUCAAGUGCAUGCUUAUUUUACCUUUAUAUCUGUGUACUUUUCUUACUAGCAACAUUCAGAUCGAAAACCUGGGCACGAUAUAGCUGCAAAGCAAAGCAUCUGAAUCUGUGCUCAGAGCAGGGGUUAAGUGGGAGAUGGGGGAGGGGGGGAAGCAUAUUAAAAGAACAUUCUUAAAGCACGCAUUUAUCGUAUUUUUGCAUGAUCUGUAGCCUUGGACAAUGUGUGCUUCAUUUUCUUAUCUAAUGGAGACCUUGGCUGCAGAAUAAAUAUAGGCACUAAACAUAUAGAUAGCAGCUAAGUUAGAAAUCAGAUAGAACUAAUUCUUCUUUGCUCUUGCCAUUUACAGGGGUAUGCCUGACUGGGCAUGCAUCUCUCCUGCUACUUGUGGAGCAAAAAACCAAACCGAUUUGGUGUUUUCUUUGUUUCUCUGCCACAUGCCUGCUUGUUUUGCAACUAACUUAUUAUUCAAUUUGCAUUUCUUAUAGAUUUAUG